AUGACAACCGCAGCCGCCGUCCCGGCCCUACCCUGCAGCCGAGGCGCGGCCCUCAUCUGCCACCCUGUCGCGGCCCUGUUCCUGCCGGCGCAUCUCGGCCUUGCCCCACCGCUUGCGGACCUCUACCCCACCGCCCCUGUCACCCGACUCCGUGACUCCCUUCGCUUGGUCAAGGACCACUUCCUCUCUGUUUGCCCCACCACACUCACCGUUGACCUCCUUGAGGAGCGCCUCCUUGCAGCGGAGAAGAGUAUAGUCGCUGUAGGAGCCUCUCGUGGUGACCCUCGUGCCCCCCUCUUUGAGGGGUGCCCCCCCUCCCCACUUUUGCCCUCUGUUGCCUCUGCUGCUGUUGUCAACCUCGUUGGCACAGAGUCGCGGGGUGGGGGUACUGGUCCCUGCACCUACGUCCUGCGUACCGGCGACUUCACUGGUGAGCCGUGCGGUGGCCCGCACACCACCCAGUGCUGCUUCGGCCGCCUGACGGACGCCUGGCGUCUCCAGUUCCAUGACGCUACUGAGAUCCCUCGCUGGGGCGAGCUGCUUAGGUCGGGGGUUGAUAUCUUUGAUCUUGAUUAUGAUGCUAUUCUUGCUGCCAUGUAUGUUCUCUCUACUAGUGAUGAGGGUGACUGUUACCUGUGUGUUCCGGUUGACCCGAGCAUUGAGGCUGCUGCUCUAGGUGCUAGUGAGGCUACUGCUCUAGGUGCUAGUGCGUCUGCUGCUUCAGGUGCUAGUGAGUCUGCUGCCCCAGGUGUUGGUGAGUCUGCUCUCUCAGGUACCACGUCGGCUCAGGCUUUGCACACUUUCACCCUUGACUCGGGUGCUUCCCACUCCUUCUUUCGAGACCACACCACACUCACGCCGCUUAGUCGGCCGGUUGCAGUCUCACUGGCAGACCCCUCUGGGGGUCCUGUCCUUGCCCACUUCUCUACUCUCUUACCGUGUCCGGCGGCCCCUUCUAGCACCCUCUCACGUUCUCUACGAACUUGGUCAGUGGUGCUGACCUACAGGAUGGGGGGGUUGACCAGUUCACUCCUGCGAGUCAGCGAGUGA